CUUACUAUUAUAUAACCAAUUUCAGAAAACUUAAAAUUAAUGAAACUAUAUAGCUAAUACCAGAGAAUUAGCAACUAAGCAAAGUGAAAUGGAAGUGACCAACAAAUACAUAGUGAUAAAGCAUCACAUUGAAGAUUCCCCAAAGGAGUCCCAUUUUGAAGUAAAAACUGAGGCUAUUGGUCUUUCGUUGAAGCCAGGUUCUGAUGAAGUCAUAAUAAAGAAUCUAUAUAUCUCUAUUGAUCCAUAUCUUAUUAACCGCAUGAAAAGUUACAGUGCUUCUCAUAAUGCUAUUAGCUUUGCAACUCCAUUAACUCCAGGCCAGGCUAUUGAUGCUCUAGUUAUUGGAAGAGUUGUGACUUCUGGGAAUGCUAAGUUUGAGAAAGAUGAUUUGGUUAUGGGAGUAUUCACUUGGGCUGAGUACAGUGUGGUUAAGGAACAAAGCAUCAUAAAAAAAUUAGAGUCCUUUGAAUUUCCACUCACUUAUCAUCUUGGAAUUCUUGGAUUUAGUGGACUGUCUGCUUAUGGAGGAUUUUUUGAAAUUUGCAAACCUCGAAAGGGUGAAACGGUAUUUGUUUCAGCAGCAUCUGGAUCAGUUGGAAAUAUUGUAGGACAAUAUGCAAAACUUUUAGGUUGCUAUGUUGUUGGCUGUGCUGGGAGCCAAAAAAAGGUGACAUUACUCAAAGAAGAGCUAGGAUUUGAUGAUGCCUUCAACUACAAGGAAGAAACUGAUCUAAACUCCACUCUUAAAAGGUACUUUCCAGAUGGAAUUGACAUAUAUUUUGACAAUGUCGGGGGAGAAAUGCUAGAAGCAGCAGUUGCUAACAUGAAAGCAUUUGGUAGAGUGUCUGUUUGUGGCGUAAUUUCUGAGUAUACUGAUAUUGGAAAGAGAGCUUCACCAAAUAUGAUGGAUGUUGUAUAUAAGAGAAUCACCAUCAGAGGAUUUUUAGCUGCUGAUUAUAUGAAUGUUUUCGGAGAUUUUUCUGCUAAAACAUUGGAUUAUCUUCGCAAUGGUCAGUUGCGGGUGAUUGAAGACAGGUCGUUGGGUGUAGAGAGCAUCCCUUCUGCAUUUGUUGGACUCUUCAAUGGAGACAACGUUGGAAAGAAAGUUGUUGUUUUAGCAGAUGAGUGAUCAUGUAAUGAAUAGGAAGCUAAAAUGCCACUGUUGCCUCAGGAACUUAAUCUUUGGAAUAAGAUUGAUUUUAAGCAAACUUGCUUUAACGGAAUAUUAGUGGUGUCAACUUCAAAAAUUUGUUAAUAAGACUUUUAAAGUUCAAAUUUGAUUAAA